CACAAACACAGGGACCCGCGAUCGGGGCUCUGGAAGGCAGAGGAAGAGGAGGAAGGAGGGUGCUGGCUGCCCUCAUUCCUAACUGCAGCUUCCUUCCGAGCACGGAGAAAGGACAGGUGCUGUGUUUUCGGGCAAGGCAGCAGCCAUGGCGUCAGGCAGCCUGUUUCAGCUGCUGGAUGAAGCCAUCGGGACGCCCGAAGUCAAUGUUAAUUUGGAGGCGCUCCGCAGACUGCUGAGGGUCAUAUUGGAACACCUGAGCCUGCUGGGUCUGCAGGACGUGAUCCCCCAGGAGGGGGCCCAGGAAGCCGCGCCCGCCCCGGGGCAGAGCCCUGCCGCCGAGGCAUGGGACACAGGGCAGCCUCCCCAGCCGCCGGGGGAGGAUGAGCUGCAGGGCACCAGGAGCGGCUCUCCUGUCACCUCGGGGGCUGCCGACAUGGUACAGAUGGAGAAGACUGAUGCCAAAGAGAGUGGCAUCUCCAAGGAGUCCCACAAGGAGAUGGCUGGGAUUAAGACCAUGCAGUUCAACAUGGGAAAGGAAAUCCAGAAGAUCAAGGAGGCGCUUGGCCAGACUACGGAUCUCUGCAAGGAUCUCUGUAAGGAGAUCAAUGAGAUGAAGGCCACACAGUCCCACAUGGGAGAAGACAUCCGGAUGAUCCAGGAAGCACUUCGCCAGGGGAACCUCCAGGAUGCUGCUGGCCAGCCACUGGUCCUCCACAGCCAGCCUGCCCCUGCCAAGCCCUACACUUCAGACACGGACAAGCUGGGGCAGAGCCCUGCUAUGCAGAGCACCACCCCUGGGGUGCAGACAGGGACCUCCAGUGUCCAAAGUGGCACCACUGUGACACAGCCUGGUUUCCAAGCAGGCCUUCCAACUAUGGAGAGCAUCCUCAGAAACCUAUCUGAGCUCCAGGGCCAGAUGUCCUCCCUGCAGAACCUGGCCAGAGACCUGCAGGGUGAGAAGGAGAAGAUCAGACAGCUGCAGGAUGCCCUUGGACAGCUGGGUGUGACUGUAGCCGAGCGCGAGCACGACGUGGGUGGCACCAAGGAGAGCCUCCUACAGCUGGAGCCUGCACUGCAGGAGAUUAAGCAGGAGCAGAAGGAGCUGAGACAGGAGCAGAAUAUUACCAAGGCCAUACUGCAGCAGGUGGUUACAGAUGACCAGCUUCAGGAUCAGCUGAAUGAGUUGAGAGCAAUGAUGGGGACUGGGAGGCAGCAGCAGGGAGAGACACACACAGACAACAAGCUUGUGAGGAAGCUCCUACACCGCUGUGAAAGGCUCCAGCAGCAGGUGGACUCACUGGUGCCACAGCUGGUGCAGAGGUCACUGCCAGACAAGACCCAGGAGGAGGAGCUGCUAAAGAGCAUCCAGGCCACUGUUGUGCGGGUGGAAGGGGACUGCGAGCAGCUCGGCUACCUCACGGGGAGCCUCCGGGAUGACCAUCGCCAGCAUCAGAGAGAUAUCGAGGCUCUGUUCCGGUCCCUGGAGGGUCUUGAGAAGAAAGCAGACAAGGAGGACCUGCUGCUGCUGAAAGUGGACAAAGCUGCCCUGGGCAGCAAAGUCAAUUGCGCCCAUUUUGAUGAAACCAUGGAGCAUCUGGAGGAGAGGAUGCGGGAAUUGCUGAGACGUGUGCAAGGUCAGGAGCAGCGCUGGCAGGAGGCCCAGCAGCAGUUCAGUGAUGCCCUGGACUCCAAGCUGGAUCGCCUGGAGCUUGGGCCUUUCCAGAAGCAGCUAGAGGAUAACUGGGCAAAGAUCAUUAAGGAUCUCAAGGAUGAGUUGACAGUAGAGGUUGGCGAUGCAGCUGGAAUUAAGAAGCAGCUGCUGGUCCCUUUCAAGUGCCUGUCCUGCGACCGGCAGCUCAACGUGCAGGUGCCUGGCCCGCACAUUGACACACUGCCACUGAUUCCAUCGCUGCCCAGCAGCCAUGCUCCACACCCCUCUACCAGCGGCACAGAGGAGCAAGCACAACAGAACGGUCACAGGAAGCUGGUCAAUAGCAAGUUCCUCAAGUCGCAGAGCUGCAAGGGUCAGGACACAUGCAGUGCACCGCUCAGGCAUGUCCUACAGCUCUCCAAAAAGCCUAGCGUGAUUGAGCUGCUGAGCAGAGAUGAUGGCAGUGUGGACCAGGUGGAAAAGAGGGCACAGGAUGAGCUGGGCCCCACCACCUUAGAAGAGGACCAGCCAGCUUCAGAUGUCAAAAACUGAUCCCAAGCACUGCAAAUCCAGUUCCCCUGGAUGGAACUAGUAGCCAGGCAGCUAGAUGUGACUGGAUGCUUGGAGCCCUGCAUGAAAUAAAGGACCAGGACAGCUGCCCA